GAAGGAGGAAGAGGAGGGCUUGCAGAAGCAGGGCAGUCUUCGUGAGGGCGUCGAGUCUGAAGGGUGACAGUCAGCCUCCAGCUACAACAGUUAGGUAUCGUCCAGUCAACAGGCAGACAGACAGUCAUGUGGGUGAGAAUAUUGUGGAUGUUGGUGUUGGUGGCGGGUCAGUGCUGUAGUCAAGACACCGGCGCCCCGUUCGAGGGAGAGUUACAAGUGGUGAGAGAUGAUGAUACGUUGAACCCUGACUCCAACUUCAUUUAUGUUGUGAGUAGAGAAAUUGAGAACAGAAUGGAGAUACUUCUUGGACAACUACAACAAAAUCUGGAGGCAAGAUUCAACCUCAUAGAGAAGAAUAUUGCAGAAAGUUCCUCUGGUGCUGACCGAGAAAUGACCAAUCCGUUCUAUAUUACCGACGAAUUUCACACCAAGGUAACAGAAAUGCUGCACUUGUUCACCAACAUGGUGUCGACGAAGGCAAAUGAGACGAUUAGAGAUAUGGAGGAUAAACUCAACACAUUAUCCAAUAACCUCAUCAGUAGAGUGGAGGCGGAACUGUCUCCCGUCAGCAGCGCCAUGGACGACUUGAAGGAGGAGAUGUCUUCCCUGGCCACCAAGACGGAACUGACGGAGAUGAAGGAUAGCCUCUCCACUGUGGCCAACUCUUCCGUCAAGGAGUUGAAACAAACACUAUCGUCUCUGGCCACACAAACACAACUGUCAGCCAACGCCCAGCAGCAGGCUGUCUACCUCAAGGAAGUUAAACACCUGCUGACUAACAGCUGUAUAGCGUCAGCCGACAACCAGAAAGAAGCCUUAGGCGCACUCCUCACCUCCGUCGACUCAAACAGCAAAAAGAUGGACGAGUUGUCAGGAGCAGUCCAAACAUCUGCCACACACUGCACAGAGCACACCAGUGACACAGCCAACAACUUGACACAACUCAUCAAUGUCCUGACCGAAAACGUGUCGAACUACGACGCGAGUUUGAGCGACAUCACUGAGGACCUGGUAAACGUGGUUACCUUGAUGGAGACUAAACUAGCGGCGGUCGAGGACAAAGUCGCAGAGAUCCACAGCAACACACAACCUGCCCCCACCACCACCACCACCACCACCACCAAAGCUCCAGCAAUACUGAGACCUUGUGAGAAUAGUGACUUUAAAGGCAGUGCCGAUAAGCUGGACGUGUGUAACGCAGCGGUGCGAUUCAAGAAAUGUCACCUACAGUUUGUUGCCUUCCACUGCUGCCGCUCUUGUACGGAGGCCGGCCAGAUCGAGGGCACAGGACCCUGGAGGUAUCUUAAUUAUCCUCGUCAGAUCAGUAUCUUUCAGGCCCUGAGUCAAAUGAGGCCAUAGAUGGAGGACCCUGAAUUAGUGGUCCCUAUGAUUAUGGUCAAGAGAUCAUGAAAAGUCCUAAAAGAAAUUAAUUACCCCUUGAUUAUACUGGCUUUAACCCUUGAGUAUACGGACCACCCUUUGAGUAUACUAACCACCCUUUGAGUAUACGGACCACCCCUUGAGUAUACUGAUUUUACCCCUUGAAUAUAUGAACCACCCUUUGAGUAUACUAACCACCCUUUGAGUAUACUGAUCAAGGUGGCUACACGUUGCAUCAGUGUAUGGCAGGGUAGGUUGAUCUGUACCAUUUCACAAUAUAUGGAAUAAUAAUCUGUCAAUAUUGCAAUUUAUAUAACUACUGUAGUUCCAUUUAUCUUAGCGUGUAUUAAAACCAAUUUAAGAUAUGAUAAAU